UAUUGUUGGUAGUUUUUAUUGAUGGUUUCGCAGUUAAAUAAGUUGUUUCAUUGUAGGAAAGGUAUUGUAGGAAAGGUAUUAGUUUCGUAUAAGCCAAACGAAAUUAUUUGAUUAUUUAGUACAUCUAUAAGUAAAUUUAGGUUAUCAUGGCCACUGAAAUCAUGAAGUCUUUUGGGGCUCUGCAAGCAGAGCUUGAGAAAGCAAAGGAUAACCUUAAAGGAGUCGAUGAACACAUUAAAAAACUUAUAGGAAGAGAUCCAAGCGAAGGACAACAGCGGCUUGGUGUGAAAAGGCCAGCUGCGCAGCCUGAGGAGUUUAGGGGAAGAGGACGUGGAUUUACCCCAGUGAGGGGCCGACGAGACCCUGGUGGAAGACCUGAAGAAGAGGAGUCACCACUCAUCAAGAGAAGACCUGGUGACCCUAGGACUGUGUUUAGCAGAUUGUCAGGUCCACCGAGGUUGAAACGGGAAGGAGAUAGUGGUGAUGAAGAGGAGGUUGCAAACAAGCCUGCAAUUUCAUCCAGAGUUAUCGCUACCCCUAAAGAACUACCAUCAAGACAGGAAGCCAUGGCUGCACAAAGCAAAGAUGAAAGAAGCAAGGCUAGGAACAGAAGGAUGUUUGGUGCACUUCUUGGUACUCUUCAGAAAUUUCGUCAAGAAGAAACACGAAUGAAAGAUAAGGAGGAGAAGAGAGCAAAAGUCGAAAAGAAACUGGAAGAGAAUGCGAAACGCGAGAAGGAGGAAUUGAAAAAGGAACGCCAAGAAUUGUUUCAAGAGAGAAAACGGAAACAAGCUGAGAUAAAGAAAAUCGAACUGAAAAUGUUAAGAAUUAAGGAGCAAGAUGAAUGGGAAGCUAAACAUAGGCAUCUUCUAAACUUCAUUCAGACCCGAUCCAAGCCUCAUAUAUUUUAUCUUCCAAAAACACACAACUUGAAAACAGAAGAAAGACUUGUUGCCAGUCAGAAGGUUGUUGCAAAAAUGAUAGAGAAAAAACGUCAAGAGGUUCAGUUGGAGUUAGAGGCCAUUGAAAAGCGGGGUCGCUGGCGGCAGGGCUUAGGAGAGUCCGAGGGAGGGAUGGGGCAGGCAGCGAGUGCUGAGCUUCAGUCCAUGGUUGAUAUGGAAACUUUGGAGGCGGGGGACAAGGAGAAUCGGCUAGGGGGUGGUGUUGAUGUUAAUGUAGAUAAGAAUGAAAAUGUUGAAGGCCCAGAAACAGGUAAGGUUGCGGGUGGGAUUGAAAGGACAGAGAAAGGCCAGAUAGUUAGCCUUCCUGUAGGUUGUCAGAUUGGAUUGGAUACGGACGUCAUGGAUUUUAGGGAUAAUGAACAAGAUGUAAGGAAACAAAGUUUAGAAAGAGAUAAAAUUUCUACUGUGCUUGUAAAGAUUGAGAAGGAGGAGGAGGAGGAGGAUGACGAUGAUGACGACAAUGAUGACGACGACAAUGAGGAUGAUGACGAUGAUGAUGAUGAUGAUGAUAAAGAUAAUGAUGAAAGGGAUACAAUUUUGCCUCUUACUUCCUCUGAAAAGAAACUUGGAGAAUCUAAAUAUAAAUUAGAAGCAGAUGUACAGGAACAGUCUGAGGCUGUAUGAAUGUUAGCGACCCUUAGUAACCUGCAUGUUCAUAUAGCCGCAUAAUUAUAACGUUUUAACCAGGUAAAUGCCUGUUCUCUUCCAGUGUGUGUGCGUGUGUGCAUGUGCUUGUGUUUGCAUGUGUGUGAGAGUCCUUACACAUGGAGUAAAAAAAUUGCAUUUGCCUCCCCCCCCCAAAGAGAAUUUAAGCAAUUUUGUUGCCUUCAGAGUCAGUAGUUUUGGGUUCGAGGAAUGGGCUUAUUUGAGAUCAUACGCGUUCGGUGUCAAGAGUUUAAAAACCGGCGAGCCAACUCGGUAACUCUGAAAAUUUGUGCGCCUGAAGUGUGUGAUGUCACGCUAACCCAUUCGCUAAAACUGCUCUGU